ACAAAGCUUAAUGAAUAUUGUUUUGUUUUUCUGUUACAAGUUGUAUCCAGAUGAACUAGAAGGAGUGGGGUGAAGUAAAGCUGGCUGCAUCGCAUACUAGCGCUUAGACUUGCGUAUUGAUGGUCAGAUGACAUUAACACGUGCUGUCAUAUCUUACUCGCUCGUUUCAAAAUGAACAGAGCUUACACUUUGCCCUGACAGUAGUGACUUGUUAAUCAGUAAAGCGGGCAGAGAGAUUAUUUCUGCACACUACAACAUUUUCAUGCAAAAAUGUGGUCCAAAGGAAUACUCCUAAUACUAUCUGGAGUCCUCGUCGCUUAUUAUGUUUAUUCACCAAUUCCGUAUGAUAUUGAAGAGAGAUGGAAGCUGAUGGUUACAGAUUCUUUCUUCAGAAGUCUUAGUAACCUGGCAGAGAUCAGUGAGCUUCUUGGUCUGAAGCACUACAUGGGUGUGAUGAUGUUCCUCACCGUAGCUGAAGAGGUCGUUCCAGCAUCUGAUGACAAUGUGAAAGUUACAGAUGCUUUGUUUUAUGAUGUACCAGUUGUUGUAUAUCAACCCAAGAGAAAACCCAAUGGGGAGCUCAACAGAGCUGUUAUCUUUAUACAUGGUGGGGGUUGGUGUUUAGGCAGUGCAAGAAUGGGACCUUAUGAUCUUCUGUCCAGAAGGACUGCCAAGGAACUGAAUGCUGUUGUUGUAUCUGUAGAUUACCGGUUGGCUCCAGUGUACCAUUUUCCUGUUCAGUUUGAAGAUGUUUAUAAUGUGGUGAAGUACAUUGUACAAGACCAUGUCCUGCGCCAGUACUCUGUGGAUGUCAACCGCAUAGCUGUUUCAGGAGACAGCGCUGGUGGAAAUUUAGCUGCUGCAGUAGUACAACAGCUUCAAGAAGAUCCAGAAAUUCAGGUUGAUCUGAAGGCACAAGUACUGCUGUAUCCAGCGCUUCAGGCCUUGGACAUGAAUACACCUUCCUACCAGCAGAAUGAGUACAUGCCUAUACUGCCAAAGACAUUAAUGGUCAGGUUUUGGAGUGAAUACUUCACCUCCGAUGUAUCCCUCUUUCAUGCAAUGAAGAGUAACAGCCACAACAGUUUGGAGUCUGCUCAUUUAUUGAAGUUUGUAAACUGGAGCAUUUUCCUGCCUGAGAUCUUCCGAUUGAAGUACAAUUAUACCAUGCCCAGCUGCAAGAGCUCAGACCCGUCAGAAACAAUCUCAUCCAUCACAGACCCCAGAGCCUCUCCCCUGCUAGUUGACGAUGUGAAAUUGCAAGUGUUGCCCAAAGCCUACAUUCUGACCUGUGAGUAUGAUGUGCUGAGGGAUGAUGGCAUCAUGUAUGCCACAAGGCUAAGAAGAGCAGGGGUGCAGGUAACGCUUGAACAUUUUAAAGACGGCUUCCACGGGGCGAUGAUGCUCAUUACGUGGCCAACCAGCUUUGACGUUGGGCACAGAAUGGUAAACAGUUACAUUAAGUGGUUAGAUAACAAUCUGUAAACUAGAACUGUUUGAAGGCUUCAAAAUAAUUCUGCUGAAGAUGAAUAGGUGGAAGAUGUACUGUAUCAUUUUUUUUUAAUUAUUACUAAAUGGCACAACUAUAAACCAAAACAACCCCCUCAGUUCAUGGAAUGGAUUUUCAAGUCAAGCUACAUACAAAUAUAAAAAAAAAAAAAAAAAAAAAAAAAAAGUUGUCUACUCUAAAAAAUUAUUUUUGGUUAAUAAAUAUAAAUUACAUGUAAUAAUAAUUGCUGGAAACUGAAGAGCCUUAAUGUUUGCUAUUAUGAUCUGUGGUCAAGUAUAAUUCCAUGUUAACUCUUUAAGGACCAAGCCAAUUUGGAGAUAUGACCCCCCCCCCCCCCCCCCAUCUCUUCAGCAGUUCAAACUUUUUUUGUUGAAGUUUGUAGACUUGCUAGACACCUUCAUCUAUGUGCUUGUGACACAUUUCAUUAUACACACAAAGUGUCAUUAGAGAAAAUUCAAACUACAAAUGUAUGCUUGUCUAAUUUAUUAGAAUCUGAUGCCCUAAAUAUUCAUAUACAGUAGUUAUGUUUUAUCUAUAACUUUGCCUUGUUUUCUCAUUGCAAUUCAUGAGAUACAGUAUAUUGUAAAACACACAACAGAAUGCUCCAGAACAAUAAAAAAAUAUAUAUUUGCAGUUGACAUUUUCAGCAGCUUUGCCAGUCAUGCUAUCCGCUCCUUGCAAAUACUAUAUUACUGUAUACAUGGGCUGUAAACAUUAGUGUCAGCUCAGUGAGGUCUCACUUUGAGGGUCUUCUCUAUCCUGCGGUGCAGAUUUCAAAGCUGUCACAUAGUGAACAUGAUUGCAGUCCCCAAAGUACACUCCAGUAAUUUCCUAUGUACACAAGAGUGAUUCUCAAAUAUUUAAUGUCUGAACGCUUGUCAGAUCUAAUAUCUUUGAUGUACAGAAGGGCUCAAAAGAAUGAGGGGAUUUUGCUUAUUGGCCCAGCUCUUCAAAUUCUCCCGAAAUCCCACAGAAUUUUGCACCGUGGGUUUGUGACAAUAUUGGGCCAUACAACAGUGUAUUUAUUUAUGGGGGUGGUUGGAAACUGCAGGGUUCUUAUUAGGCCCAUGUUCCCUUAUUUUUCCAGAUUAAGGGUAUGAGAAAGCACAUUAACUUUUACUAAACUAGGGGAACUGGUGCUAAAAUAAACAGACAUUGGAGUGUCUUGCUGUUUAAUCUAAAACAAUAAGCAGAGCUGCCAUUGCAAUUAGGCUUACUUUUUGAAUAAGUGCUAGAGACGAAGGGGCUUAUCAAAAAGUUAUUUAUGACUUUCUUCAGGCCCUAAGAGAAUGCAACAUCUGUUUACAUGACAUGUACAGUAAUAGUAGUGUAAAAUAGUUUAUACACUAAACUGUCUGUCUCUCGCUGUGUUCCGUUAGAAAGUUGGAAUGUUGGCAACAAAAGCUUUUGAUUAAGUAUUUAUUCUGCUGAUCUGGGAUGGUACUAUAAUAAUUCUUUAUAAUUCUUUAUAGGAAAGUCCAUGUUAGAUCUUGAGAUCUCCCCGUUUGGACCGUCAAGUAGGCCCUGUGGUUUUGCUGUCUUGGUCAAAUCCUUGAUGUUCGCAGAUCACGAACACACAAUGAGAUGUUAAGAUUUUACAUGGGCUGUUUUUCUGUUUUUGAAUGUUGUAGCACA